AUGGCCACCCUCAAAGAAUGGCUGUCCGUCUUAGGGCUUUGCGCCGCUAUAGGCACAUCAUCGGCACUACCAUCUUCCUCACAGUUGGCUAGCACAACAAUCCUGUAUCAUAACCUCGGAGACUGGACACAGCACGGAGAGAAUCCUAGCGUCAUCCUAUUCAAUGAACCAGCCACCUACCACGACGCCGUCAAAACAUGUUUGUCCUACAACGAGACGCUCUUCGAUUGUAGGGGGUUAUACUCUUACGAAGCCGAACUCGGCUACCAGGCCUGGCUGGGAAGUUUCAAUGGAUCGGAGAGACUCUGGACGUCAUGCGACUCAAGCCAUCCAUCGGAUUUUCAGGGCAGAAUCUCAUCUGAAGCUCAAAAUGGUCGCGGAGAGUACAAGUAUCCGUUCCUGUGCACAAAUUCAGCGCCCUUCGUGGGCCAGGUCGAUACAGAUUACUCUACUUUCCCGACUGUGCGAACACCUGCUAUUGACGGUAUCGCAUUUGAAGGUCUUCGGGACCACAUGGCAUAUCGAUUCUUGGGUAUACCAUUCGCGAAACCACCCAUCGACGACCUGCGAUUUCAAUACGCGCAACCACCAGAGUACCCAAAAGGGAGCGUAGUCAAUGCCACACGUUACCGGCAGGCGUGCAUGCAAGUUGGCAGUUUCGAAGGCAAUGCCGCGGGACUCAACCCUUGGGGGAAUAGCGAGGAUUGCCUGCAUCUGGAAGUUUUCACCCCAACACUGCCCACUACUCUGCCCCAGACCUCUACCCAGGGUGCGCCGCUAAAACCAGUCAUGCUCUGGAUCCACGGCGGCGCAAUGAUCAACGGCGCCGGGAGCGAUUCCACCUUCGACGGCGCCAGUCUCGUCUCUCGCGGCGACGUUGUGCUCGUCAGUAUCAACUACCGCCUUAACAUCUUCGGGUUGCUUACCCUCAACGACGGCGUCGUAAACGGCAACUACGCACUAUCCGACAAGAUCGCCGCUCUAGAAUGGGUGCAGAAAUAUAUCCGAGCCUUUGGCGGGGAUCCGGAUAAUGUCACUAUCUUUGGACAAUCUGCUGGCGGUGCGUCGGUUAUGGAUCUGAUCGUUUCGCCCAAGGCGAAGGGACUGUUUAAGAAUGCGAUUCCGCAGUCGUUGGCGGGGAACGUGGUUAAUCAAAGCGUUAUUGAGGUCGUGAUGGCUCCGUAUAUUGAGCCGCUGUGUCCGGGUUCUGCCGGACAGGAAGGUAGGCUGGAGUGUCUGAGACAGCUUCCAGCAGAAACGUUACUCAACAUCAGUACGACGUACUGGUCAUGGAGCACCGUCGUCGACGGCGUGUACAUGAUUGAUCAACCACUCUCGCUCGUCGCGGAGCGCAAAAUCAACGACGUGAAUGUCCUAAUGGGCUGGAUGCCCGAAGAAUCGCAGUCCCUUCUAUCAACCAGCAUCGCGCCCAACAUGACCAAUCUCACCGUCGGUCUGGACGCACUCGUUGCAUCAGGUAUAAUAACCUCCUCCCAAGCCUCAACACUCUCCUCCUCGGGCCUCUGGGACGUUCCGCAGGACUACACAGACGCGUACAACGCAACUAUCAACAUUGGCACAGAUGGGGAGAUAAUCUGCCACGUCCUCGAAUUCGUAGAUGCCUCCACCACCUCUACAAGAUCUAACGCAUUCAAAUCACUCUGGCUUUAUACCCACCAGCGCGCCUACGCACUCAGUUUCUACUCCUUCUACGACCUCUGCACAUUUCCAAUCAACGAGCCCGACACACCCUACUACAGGUGCCACUCGGGUGAUCUGUACGAGGUAUUCGGGACAUAUUACAUCUUCUCCCAACCCGUGCGAGUAUACGGGGAUAUAGCAUACACAAACGCUGUACAAGAUAUGUGGACCUCAUUCGCGAAGACCGGGAAUCCGAAUCCAGACCCAAAAUAUCUAAGUGUGAGACAAUAUCGAUCGUCGAUAGACUUCUUUCAUGGCUUUGAGUUUGAGGAGUAUACAACAAGUAAAAAGGUGAUGGAUUUGCAGUGGCCCAGGCCGUGGUCUUCGGGAUUACCGGAUCGGGAACAUUGUAAAGUGUUGAAUAUGACUUUUGAAGAAUAG